CAGUGACUCACUCUGAGCCCACAAACGCAGCUCACACAUCCAAACGAUGUCUCUUACCAAUCUGUCCAAGCUAUUGGCUUUCUCAAUACUCCUGAGGGUGAGUGUCCAGUUACCAAAUGGAGCACCUAUAUCGGCUUGCCAGUCAAUGAUGCCCGUUCACCAAGGAAUCUCUCCACAGCCGAAUCCUGCGCCGUACAUAUUUAAGACUAGUUCCAGCUCGUAUCAAAGUGGAAAACCUAUAACAGGUAAUGAUGUCUUGCACAUUGCACCUCGUUAGCUAUAAGAUGUUUAAACAACGGACGCUCUUGUACGCCACAAUACAUCAGAGUUCUAUUAGAUGUCUAAACUGGUUGGGGAUGAUUUAUGAUGUAUGCUCAGACAAUUUCUAUGUUUUGCAUCUUUUACAGUUCAAAUAAUUGGCCCUGCGUACAGAGGUCUACUGUUGGAGGCUCGGACGUUUCAGCAGACCGACCUUCUUGGAAAAUGGCUUCAGCCACCAAAUAAUACUAAGAUCUUACCGGUAAACCAUGAAAUAUUCAGAUAAACUUAACUGGGCAGACAGACAGAUGUUUAGAGUAAGAAUUCUAUCUAUAAGUAAAUAUUAGCAAUGCAGAAACAAGUUUAUGUCCUCGGAAUGUUAAAUGUAGAGUUUAUUUAAUGAACACGGUAUUGUAGCAAACUAAAAACCAUUUUGUUUUUUUGUCUCUCGGUGAGAUUUCAUCCAAAUUUUAAAUUGUUGCUUAAAUUUUGCAAUUCAUAUUUUUAUUAGUGAAGAUAAAUAAACUAUUGUGUUUUUAUACAGAAAUUGAUAUAUAUAAUAAUAAAAAUUUUUUUUUUUAAGAAUUUACAUUAGAGAGAUAGUAACUCCACUGUUUGUUUUUUUUGAGGGAAAGUUAGGUAAAUAAUAUCAGAAAACUUUCGUAUAGCUUAUAACUGUUUUCAGGUUCAUCCUGCAGUCUGUGUGUAAUUAGUUAACUCAAUGUUACUGUCAACCUUGGAAUGAUAGUGGUCUAUCCCUUUUUAUCACAGAGUGCUAGUGGCUCUACUAAAUAAUUGACCAAAAAAGCUGAAUACAAAUUCUGGUGAUUUUUUUUAAAACCUUAAAGCAUGCAAAGCAUGAGAACAUCCAGCAUCGUUUAAUGGAGUCAAACUCCAUGAAAAGCCAGGAAGUGCCUCUAGUGGCUGUCUGGUAGAUAGCCACUAGAGGUUGUCUUAAAGAACCACUAUAGGCACCCAGACCACUUCAGCUCAAUGAAGUGGUUUGGGUGCCAGGUCACUCUAGUUUUAACCCUGCAGCUGAAAACACAGCAGUUUCAGAGAUUGCAGGGUUAAUCCAGCCUCUAGUGGCUGUCUCCCUGACAGCCACUAGAGGCCGCUUCCGCGAUUCUCAGUGUGAAAAUCGCAUUGAACUCACGCAGCGUGAGUUCAGAUGCCCAUAGGAAGGCAGUGAGAAAUGCUUUCCUAUGGGUGUUUUUAAUGUGCGCGCAGCUCUGGAUGCGCAUGUGGCUCCACUCAGGAGCUGACGUCGGCAGGGGGAGGAGAGGUCACCAGCGCCGAGGGAGCCCGGUACUGGAUUAAGGCAAGUGGCUGAAGGGGUUUUAACCCCAUCAGCCCAGCAGGAGGGGGGCCACAAGGAGGGGAGGGGGGACCUAUUAACCCAAACCCGUUUUCCUGGCACUAUAGUGCUCCUUAAACCCAGCAAUAUAAACAUUGCUGUUUCUCUGAAACCAUAAUGUUUGUAGCUGCCGGACUUAAAGGACCACUCUAGGCACCCAGACCACUUCAGCUUUAUGAAGUGGUCUGAGUGCCAGGUACCUCUAGGAUUAACCUUUUUUUUUAUAAACAUAGCAGUUUCAGAGAAACUGCUAUGUUUAUAAAUGGGUUAAUCCAGCCUCCAAAUCCUCUAGUGGCUGUCUCAUUGACAGCCGCUAGAGGCGCUUGCGUGCUUCUCACUGUGAAAAUCACAGUGAGAGCACGCAAGCGUCCAUAGGAAAGCAUUGUAAAUACUUUCCUAUGCGACCGGAUGAAUGCGCGCGCGGCUCCUGCCGCACAUGCAGCCGAUGACGUCGCGAGCAAGGAGGAGAGGAGGAGUACAGCUCCCCGCCAGGCGCUGGAGAAAAGUAAGUGUUUAACCCCUUCCUCUCUCAAGAGAGUAUCUGGGUAUCUUCAAGUUGUUGAGAUACUUAAUUUCAUGCAUUUGCUGCAAAUCCCCACGACUUGAAAUUUCUUCACUGAGCUCUAUGACUAUUUUAAAGGGACACUAUAGUCACCUGAACAACUUCAGCUUAAUGAGGUUGUUCAGGUGAGAACUAUAGCUCCCUGCAGCCUUUCUCAUGUAAACACUGUAUUUUAUGAGAAAAUACAGUGUUUACAUUGAAAGCCAGGAACACCUCCAGUUGCAGUCACUCAGAGUGAACCAGAGGGACUUCUGAGUUGAUGGAGGCAUAAUAUGCCUCCAUCCACUCAGAUCUGCUGUGCACGAGCAUCCUGUGAUUCAGUAUCUCCUCCCACUGCAUGCAGACACUGAACUUUCCUCAUAGAGAUUCAUUGAUUCAAUUCAUCUCUAUGAGAAGAUGCUGAUUGGCCAGGGCUGUGUUUGACUCAUGCUGGCUCUGCCCCUGAUCUGCCUCAUUGUCAGUCUCAGCCAAUCCUAUGGGGAAGCACUGUGAUUGGAUCAGGCUAUCACAUGUCAGCAGACUGCUUGUUUUUCCUGAGUCUAACAGCAUGCAGAUUUACAGCUUCUGGCUUGAAUACAGUAAGAUUUUUACUAUAUUAAUGGAGGCAUGAGGGGCCCAGGGGGGCUAGAUGGUUGUGUUAAUACUAUAGGGUCAGGAAUACAUGUAGUUGCACUGGUGACUAUAGUGUCCCUUUAACCCUAAAUAAUUUUUAUUUCAGUGCCCAGAAAAUCCCAAUGGAGCGAUUACACACUCCAACACCAAUUUAAAGACACAGUCUACAAUGUACACUUGGAUGCCGCCAGAUUCAAACUGCCCAGGAGUUAUAUUCUUUGUGUAAGUUUAGAGUCGUGGAUUUUAUUAAUGCUUAAAGGGGCAAAAAGUUUAAAUCAAAUUGCAUUGUGGAGCUAAAUUCCUUAGUAAGAAUGCAAAAGCUAACUUAUCAAAAUAAUUACACCAACCACCAUGACCACUUCAGUGAUUUGAAUUGGUCAUGGUGGUAGGAGUCAGCAUGUGCAGUGUUUCAACUUGAAUCACUGCACAUACUAAGAUAUUAGUAAUUGUGUGCUGGGGGCUUGUUGCACACCUAGCACGUGACACUGGCAGCCCAGAACGCUGAUCCGGGCUGUCAAUGUCAAUUCUAUGCAUAAAAUACAUCUGUUGUCAACGAGCACUGCAUGCUGACAACAGAUGUGAAAAUCUUCCCCUUGCAGGCAGUGCAAGGAGAAUCGAGGUUUCCUGUGAACGAUCCCUUCUCCCCAUUCCCUCCCUCCCCUCGCCGGCUUGUAGCAUGCGCAUGUGCUCUGAGCCAGUGAAAUGGUCCAAUCAUGGGCUUCUCUAUGAGAAGCCUAUGAAUUGACCAUGCGCAGUCCCAGUGACAUCAGGAGGUGGCGCAGAGAAGCAGCGCCGGUAACUUUGUCCAUUUCAAGAGGAGUAAAAAGCAAAUUGAGAGGGGGAACCUUCUCCACAGUACCCAUUCGGACUGAAUUUGUUCACACUAUUUAACAAUAUCUGGAUUUUGCAAUUUAGGCUCCCAAUGAGCCAAAGUUCAGCGCUGUAUUUUUAGCCUGGCAGAUGCCUUGACAGCCUCUUCUCCUGGGGGGCCUAGGAGCUGGCCACCUUAGAGCCUCCCGAGGCAGGCAUCUGCUUGUAAUGGAGGUGGGCGGCGAGGGAGCACACUCCCCUGCUCAGCUCCCUCACGCGCCCCGCAUUGAUGCCGGAGCCAGAAUAUGACAUCACUCUGGCCCCGGCACACUAAGAGCUCCCUCGCACACCUGCAUUGAUGCAUGCUCCGCCCAGCAGCCCAAUUGGACCCCGGGGAAAUAGAGACUCCAUGCCCAUGAGAGUGUAUAUGUAUUUGUCAGUGAGAGUGUGUGUUUGUCAGUGAGUUUGUAUGUGUGUCUGUCAAAGAGUGUAUAUGUUUGUCAGAGUGUGUGUGUUUGUCAGUACUUGCGGGUAUCUCUGUCACUAAGAGUAUGUCUGCCAGUGAGUGUGUAUAUGUGUCUGCCAGCUAGUGUAUGUGUGUCUGUCAGUGAAGGUGUGUCUCUGACACUGAGUGUAUGUGUCUGUCAGUGAAUGUGUAUGUGUGUUUGUAAGUGUGUGUGUCUGACUGAUUUGGUGUGUUCCUGAUACUGAGUGUGUGUCUGUCAGUGAGUAUAUGUGUGUCCAUCAUUGAAUGUGAGUGUCUGUCAGUGAGUGUGUUGGUUAAACAGUGUGUGUGCUAAUGACUGCAUCUGUCAGAGAUUGUAUGUCGGUGUAUGUCUGUCAGGCAAAGAGCGUGUUGGUUUUAAAAAGGGAGAGAAGUUUAGAUGAUGAGGAUGCCCGAGUUUUGUCAUGCCUAGGGAAGCACAAAACCAAAAUACACCACUGCCUGAGUUAUGUCCAUAUUUAAAGGGCCACGGUAGGCAGUUUAACAGCUUAUUAAAGUUGUUAUAGAGCCUGCAGUCCAGCCUCCUUGUUCUACCCCCUCCCCCCCAACCCCAAUAUUAAACUAAUUGGUGGCUUGGAAAUGUGGCUGAAAUUCAGACCCGAAUGUUUAAAUCCCAGUUCAUAUUUAAAUAAAAUAAAAAAAUCUAAAUUAUUUGCCUGCUGGGUUAACCAUGUGGUGGCUGGCUAGCGCAGAUUUUGAAAAGCCUAAAUAAGGUGAUUUAAAAUUUAAGUAAGCAAAAUAAAAAAUAAUCGUUUUAUUUCUCUUUGUUUUUUAGAGCAACAGUGGCAGAGGCUUAUGAUGUGUAUUGGCUUGGAGUUCAAUCUGCUGUUUUAUGGAAAGGUCAGCACCUAUCACUAUAAUUCAAUACUUCAGGAUCACUUGCAAACUGUAUUCACACGGUCUCUGCCCAGCACCAAAACCAAUCUCUGCCAUAGAUUAUGUUUUAUAUCUGCCCUCAGUUUAAGAAGCAAAAAAUAAAUAAAAAUAGGACUUACUAACUUUUAAAUGAUUCUUGAAGAAUUUUCAUUAAAGCACAAAGGACCACUUAUGUCACUUUAGUCAGUUUAACCUUUCGAAAUAAAACAUUAACAUUUUGCAGAAACAGCAAUGUUUACCCUGAGUGGUUAAACACACUCCCAGAGUAGGAGAGUUAAACAGCUCUGAGAUAGCCUAAGUAACAGAAAGGUAAGUAAAAUGGCCAUUUUAGUAUUUUUACGAGACACACGGGGAUGGGGGAUUCCUAUUUAAAAACAAACAGGGACACUAAAGCAUUGGAAUUUGUAGGUUUGCAUCCCUACUGUUUUAAGGUUCCUAUGCUUUUUGCAGUCAAUGUAGAGUAUGUGACUGCAUAAAACAAAUUAAAAAAAAUUCUUACACAAUAGUAUAGGUAUGCUCUGCAUACGAUAUACAGCCUUCCACUGCUCAGGUUAGUUGCUUAUUUAAAUAUUGUGAGAUUACACAAAUCAGCACGUAAUCCUUUGUAGUAUGAAGCUGCAUUAUCUACUUAUUACGGAUUGUAAGUAAGCUGUGCUAUUUGAGCAGACAUCUAAUAACAGUAUACAUGAUACAAACAUACUCGUUUUCCUGGCACUAUAGUGCCCUGAUGGUGCCCCCACCUGUGGCGCUGAAGGGGGAGGAAGGGGUUAAUCCCUUACCCUUUUUUCCUGCACUGGGCUCCCUUGGCGCUGGGGACUCUCCUCCCUCUUCUGACGUCCCUGGCUGAAUGCGCAUGCGCGGCAAGAGCUGCGCGCGCAUUCAACCAGUCCAUAGGAAAGCAUUCUCACUGUUUUCCUAUGGACGCUGGUGUCUUCUCACUGUAAAAAUCAGUGAGAAGCACGGAAGCGCCUCUAGCGGCUGUCAGUGAGACAGCCACUAGAGGCUGGAUUAACCCAUAGGUAAACAUAGCAGUUUCUCUGUAACUGCUGUUUACAGCAAAAAGGGUUAAUCCUAACUGGACCAGGUACCCAGACCACUUCAUUAAGCUGAAGUGGUCUGGGUGCCCAUAGUGGUCCUUUAAGUAGGUAUGCAGUCUUGCUAUCACUCAGUCAGUUACUAUCAGUCACAGUCAGGCCCGGACUGGCCAUCGGGCAUACCGGGCAAAUGCCCGGUGGGCCGCGAUGGCCGUGGGGCCGAGGCCGGCAGGGGAUCUCCCUGGCCGGCUCCUGCAGGGCCAGCGCUACCCGAGCGCCGGCCCUGCUGUGUGUCUCCAUGGGCCGGUGGGGAGAUCAAAGAUCUCCCUUUACCGGCCCAGAGACACUUCCAGGCGGCCGCUUGCUGGGGUGUGAGGGAGGGAGGAGAGGACCGGUGGAGCUCUAUCCAGCAGCUCCGCCGGGUCCUCUCGCGGGAUUCUGAGCGUUGCCGCGGUUGCCUACAGGCUAGAGUUCACGCUCACCACUAGGACCACCAGGGAUCAGGCAGCAUGGCUCUCCCAUGGCAGAACGGCUCCCCCCCGUCCCAGGCAAAACGGGGGAUAUAACUUUUUUAAAAAUUAUUAUUAUUAAUAAAAAAAUUAAUUUAAAUUAAAAAAAAUCACACACACACAGCACCCCCAGACACACACAUCACCCAGACACACACAGUACCCCCAGACAUACACAUCACCCAGACACACACAGCACCCCCAGACACACACAGCACCCCCAGACACGCACAGCGCACCCAGACACGCACAGCGCACCCAUACACACACAGCGCACCCAGACACACACAGCGCACUCAGGCACAGCACCCUCAGACAGACAGCACCCUCGCUCACACACACACAUAUAUAUAUAUAUAUAUGUGUGUGUAUGUAUAUAUAUAUAUAUAUAUAUAUAUUUACAGAUAUAUAUAUAUAUAUAUAUAUAUAAUAUAUAAAAUAACCCUCAGUGAGUUAACAGACAAAGAAAAUUAGAAUGUGACGGCAGAUAAAAACACCCUCACACACAGCACCCCUCUUACAUACACACACACUGCGCCCCUCACACAUACAAUACGUCCAAAUAUAUAUAUGUAUGUAUAUAUAUAUAUAUACACACACACACACACACACACUACAGCACUACAUACAUUACGCUCCAGAUACACGCUAGAUCCCUUACCUUAUAUGCACUCUUAAUCCUCUAUACACACACACACACACACACACACACAAUCUCCUAUACACACUCUGGGUCCUUUACACACUAGAUCUCCUACACACACACUGCACCACCUACACACACACUACAUUCCUUGUCAGCAAACACAUACAACAUUCUCUAAACACACCCUCUCUACAACCCCUACACACACUACGUCACCUAUACACACACACUACAGCCCGUAUGCACACACUCGCUACAUCCCCUAUAACACUAUGCCCCUAUACACACACUCUCUACAGCCCCUAGCCACACAUAUUACACCACAAACAUUGAAAUUGACCUAUUUACACAAUACCACACCACACUCUACACACACGCAAUCCCACAAGCAGGCUCCAAACACAUGCACCAUACACUUUCCUGGCCCUUUUGUCCUCUGGUAUCCCACUUGUUGAGACACCAGAGACAAUUUAAAAGCAAACACAGCGCAAGCAUGUUAUUAAAUUUGCUUGCGCUGCGCAGAACAAAUUCAGGGCCUUUUUCUAAUGCCAGAGCUCUUCAGCAGGGCUCUGGGCAUUGAACCAACAUGCUCACUUUGAGAGGGGGCGUGCUUGUCAUUAGUGAUGACAAAACACACCCUCUCUGGCCCCGCCCCCUUCUUAGGGGGCCGCUCUGAUUGAAAAAUGCCCGGGCCUAAUUUUUUUCCCAGUCCGGCCCUGGUCACAGUAAUCUAAGGCACUAUUUAUUAUUACCAGUUAGCUUCACCUGGUGCUUCAUGGGAGUUCUGGUACUUACAAUUUUUUUUUUUUUCAUUUUUUUUUUCAGAUGCAGCAGCAACAUGCGGUGCGAGUGGGAUUAGCUGGAGAGAAGCUCUUUAUACAAUUAUGUUUCUUCAUAUGGGAAUGUUCUUAAUGUUCCAUUUUAACUGAAGUUACGCUUACAUUAUGCCAGUGUCUUUGUUCUCUCAUCAAGCAAACAUUCUACAUUUCACAGAAUUAAAACAAAAAUAUUGCCUAUAGGAUUCUACUGGGUAUAUGACUGGCAAACCUGAUGUGUUUCUUUGUGGCACCAUCAUUGUUCUGAGCAGAAUUUUCUAAGUGUUUGCUACUAUCUUUUACUUGUCAUUUAUGCUCAGAACUUCUGCAUUUAAUUAUUUUUGUGAAAUUCUAAAUAAAGAAAAUAUAAAACCAAACAAUAAA